AUGUCGACGCAUCACUCCGAUCGCGCAGGCUAUAAACGAGGCCGAUCUCGAUCCCAAUCGCCGCCAUGGAAACGUUCCGAAAAACUUCCCCGGAGAGACGAUAGACGACAAGCCAGUCAGUGGAAUAACGAUGAUGCGAGGUCCGCUCAACGAGGCAGAAGGGAUCAGACUCGGAUAAACCAGCUGCAAGAGGACGAGCAAGUGCGCGAGUGGGUCGCUCAGGAAGAUGUUUUCGUCCUGAAGCAGGCUAAGAAGAAGGCAGAGAUUCGCGUUAAAGAAGGUCGCGCAAAGCCUAUCGACUGGUUGGCCGUCACCCUGCGCAUAAUCGAUCCUACGAGGAACCCGUUAGACGAUGAGAUUUCCGACUCGGAUUUGGAUCUUAUUGAUCCAGAGGGUGUGUUCGAGGGCUUGUCGCAGGCCCAGCUCGUGGAACUAGAGAAGGAUAUCGAUACCUUUUUGAGUCUUGAGCAAAGUCAGAAGAAUCGCGAUUUCUGGAAGACUAUGAAAGUUGUGUGUCGUGAUCGUCAAAAGAUAUCAGCCCCUGAAGGCCGUGUCCUAAGCUCGGUGGCGGCAGACAUCAACAAAAUCCUCAGUCCAAAGACCUAUGAGCAACUGGAGACACUCGAAGUCCAAGUUCGACGCAAGCUAGACUCCAACGAGCCGAUUGAUACAGACUACUGGGAGGAACUUUUGCGCAGUCUUACCGUUUGGAAAGCGAGAGCAAAGCUGAAGAAGGUCUUUCAAGCAGUCAUUGAAGGCCGUGUACAGGCACUUCGCAAGCAACAGAAGGAGGAAGCUGAGUCUAUGCGAUCCAAACUUGCUCCAAUUGCGCCCGUCAUCGGCGAGGUUGUGGAAACUCGAGAGUUAGACCUGGACCCAGAGCCUUUACUCCAGCUGCGGCCUGAGGAUAAAGCGCUUGAAAUCAUGGACGAAUCAGUAUUUUUGAAUCGAGUGGCCCAAGAACGGAAAAAGAUCUUAAAAAUGGGAUUUGUACCUUUGCGACAACGAGGCGCAGAAAGACCCACUCAAUCUACGCUUUCUAAAGGAAAGAAACCUGAUUUGGCGGACGCUCCUGCUGACCGUUUUUCGUUAUUGUCCAACGAAGACUUCUCCCAGGCCACAAGAGCCUUAUACGAGCGCGAAGUCGCAAGAGGAGUUAGUGAGAACGAGGAGAUAUUCACAGCGGAAGAGGCUGUUAGCAGCACCUCGCAACUCGCGUGGGCCAAUAAGUACCGUCCUCGCAAGCCCCGGUAUUUCAACCGUGUGCAGAUGGGAUACGAGUGGAACAAAUACAACCAAACACACUACGACCACGACCAUCCUCCACCAAAGGUCGUCCAUGGAUACAGAUUCAAUAUUUUCUAUCCUGAUUUGAUUGAUAAGACAAAAGCCCCAACGUACCGUAUCGAACGUGAACACGGGCGGAAGCGUGGUCAAUCUUUUGUCAAGGCAGAUCGAGAAUGGGAUUACAGCGCCAAAAGAGAUAGAGGUUUCAAGAGUAGUUUUGAAAAGGGCAUUCUGCAACUUCAUUUCCAGUUCAAGAAGAUAUACUAUCGGAAAUAA